GGCCGCAGGUGCACGACGGGGAAAGGAAAUCAUCAGCCCCCAACGGUCCAAACCCUAACUAAACCCACCCACCCACCCUCGGUCGAUUCCCUACCAAAUUCAGGCCACUGCCUUCAAAUCCCCCUCCCCCAAACCCCUCGAUCAUCAAUCAAUCCGAUCGAUGCGACCUCCCUCCCCCUCGAUUCGGCGGAGGCGGCGGCGCGACCCGCAACCCUAACCCUAGCCAGCCCCGGAUCCGCCCGCGCGGGGCGUGGAGGCAUGGGCGGCGGCGGCGGCGCCGACGAGUUCGGGCGGGCGGCGGCGAGGGCCGCGGUGGCGCGGAUGCUGCAGGCGGCGGGCUUCGCCUCCGCGACCCGCUCGGCGGUGGACGCGCUCGCCGACGUCCUCCUCCGCUACCUCCGCCUCCUCGGCGGCGCCGCCAACGCCCACGCCAACCACGCCGGCCGCUCCGCCCCCAACGAGCUCGACGUGCUGCAGUUCCUGGAGGAGACCGGCGAGGCGUACCAGGGCUUCGAGGGCGCCUCCUCUACCCGCGGCUGCCUCGUCGGCUCCGGCGUCGUCAAGGAUUUGGUCGCGUUCGCUGGUGAUGCCGAUGACAAGCCGCUCUCCGUGAGGCAGCGGCUGCCCAGGUUUCCGGUGCGGCAUGAUCCGCCGCCGUCGCGGCCGUGUGUUAGCUUUGCGGCGCUGGGCCGGGGGAGCGGGAUGAGGCAUGUGCCGGAGUGGCUCCCGGCCUUUCCGGAGCCCCAUACGUAUGCGAUGGCCGAGGAGUCGGGCGAGAUGGUCGGCGGGUCGUCGGCUGUGGUGGAUGAGGUUGAGCAGGUGCGGCGGCAGAGGAAGGCCGAGAAGUCGCUGCUUGGUUUGCAGCGGCAGCUGGCGCUCGCGGGUGGCAACGGGAUCCGCCCGGCGAUGGUGGUGGAGGAGGGUGCUGGCAAGGGGAAGGAGCUAGAUAGGGCUGUGGUCAAGAGCAAUCCGUUUAUUCAGUCGGCACUGUGUUAUGGGGAGAAGGAGGUGCCAGAGGUUGCCGUGCCAAAUUUGGGGAAGAAACACUCUGCCCUUGAGAACUUUGCACCCACUUUCACACAAUCAGAGGAUGAAAAACUUGAUGAGGGGAGGAGGGACCAAGGUCGAUGUCGGAAAAGGAUAGUUCCAAAGGAGAGGCCACCGGUGUAUUUUAGGAUAGGGACUGAUAGGAAGUCAAGGGUGAUGGCGUUGAAUUCGAGAGCCUUGGAGGACCGUGAGGGCCCCUUGUUCCUGGAGGAUGAUCGGAAGCGGAGGGCACUGUCGAUAGCAGAACCAAUGGAGAAGCCUAGCUGAUCUGCUGUGCUCCUACCAUGCUGAUGCUGCUCGCGUCUUUCUUGCCGGUGAUGCUCUCCAAUUCUUAUCCUCUUACCGGUGCCGACCUUGGAGAUCCUUGCCGGCUUUCACUGCCAUUGAUGGGAAACAUAUUGUUGAUAGAAGCAGGAAACAUGCUGCCUGUUCUAUGCACUGUUAUCGAGUUGGAAGAUUUGCCAUCUGUUGGAUUUUGAUUUCUACAUAUGUAGCCAUGCUGGCAUUCAGGGGACCAGCUGGCCUACUUCAUUAUCAUGUUCUAUGGGACGAGAUCAAAUUUACCACUGAUGAGUUGGAAACUCUUACAAACAACUUGUGCUACACGUAUGCUGGGUGCACCCGCCCUGUAUCGAUCGUUCCUCCAGCGUAUUAUGCACAUCUGGCAGCCUUCUGGGCUUGACCGGUCUGUUGCUUGCGGUUCAUGCGGCGCCAGGGCUUUUGGGAAUGUUGCUGUCGGGCCUCUCCCUGCCCAGAAGGAAAGAUGCCAAGUGCGUCAUGUUUUACUGUUAAGGUUGUGAUGAUUCCAUUGACGGUAUUAUAAGUGCCUGCGAGCUGUAUUGCUUUACACCAUUGUGCAAACAAUAACAAUUUUAAGGGUUAUUAGUUUUAGAUAGCAUGCAACACCGUGUUUCGCAUCCAGCUAAGAUCUUGCUUGACAACAGCUAGGGGUGUGAGAACAUAAAAAAUGUUCAGAUUUCCUACUUGUUCUAGCCCUAGCGUUACGGAUACUACCUAUCAUCCUGCCAAUCUAAGGUUCACGUUUCUUCCACAAACUCUGCUCCAUCUGGUCAUUGGUGCACAGAUUAAACUCAGUUCCGUGUGCUCCUAUUGGUGCAGUAGGCAGGUGUAGAACUGAGUAUUAUGCCAUGACACAUCAGAAUUUUAGUUGCGGGAGACAUCCGGCAGCGUUCAGCUUCUGCUUCUUGGUCUCAAGUGGAAGAUGAUGUAAGGGCAGAUAGACGGGACUUGUUUGCUGCAGUCCAUACCAGGGAAGAGAAUGCUCUACCUAGCAUGGCGAAUUACAUGUGCCAAUAAAGUUUAUGUUUCUUCUUAGUUUUA